UUUUUUUUCAUGCGCAGCAACAUUUAUUUGCGUAUUUUGUGCGUAUUUUUAUUUUGUAUGCCUGAAUAAAGAUAAGUUUGGCCCCGCCUUUCUUUCUGGAGUCCCGUUCGUUUCCGGGUGAAGUUUUUGCACAGCAAGCAUGGCCUACUGCCGGAUGGACAUGAAUGUGACGCAGCUAGUUGGAUUGGUUAGUACAAAUGAUAUAUGUGCCUUUAUUAGUAUAGUGUGAUGUAAUUGAGGAGAUUGCCUGGGCGUUUGGUGUGCUUAAUUGGUGCGCAACUUUGGCGCCAAAACAGCGCAUGGGCUAAACCGCAGUGUUGGACAAUCGUAGGGUUGGACAUAGUGAUGCGAGGGGGUGUUUUCUGCAUGAUAUGUGUAAUGUUGUAACUCUUUAUGUUUUGUUCUGUUUUUUGCCAUGUUUUUUUGUGGUGAUUCUAAAAUUAUUGCUUGUUUGCCUAUAUUAUUGGUGCUAGGUGGAAAAGAAUCCCUGUUUGUGGGACUUGCUACACCCUGACUAUAUGAAUAAAAAUGUCAAGAAAGAGGUGUGGGUUCGUAUUUUUCGUGAAAUGUAUCCUGACUGGGAUGAGAAGGCGCGUGGUUUACGGAAUAAAAUUGGUGAAGAUGUUAAAAACCGUUGGCGGUCUUUGAGGGACCAGUUUCGACGCUAUGAAAAUGCUAAAGAACAGAGUGGUUCAUCCCCUGUCAGUCGCAGACGCUUUGCCUACUAUGAGUCCCUGUUAUUUUUACGCUCUGGAAGAGAGCUUCGGCCAUCUAGUGGUAAUGUUGGUGAUACCAAUGAACCUGAAGAUGAAGAAACCAUUACCCUAGACUCUUCACCAUCCAUGAUUAAUACAGAAGAUGACCCUCCUUUGGAAAGCAAUCAAGCGGCUUCGGGUGGCCCUUCAACUAGCCAUAUUCGGGCAAAUUUGCAGAGAGGCAGACACCAAUCACGUGAAGGGGGUUUCAAUGUUAACAGGCCAAAUUUUGAGUUUGAGGCUCUGUCUAUGCUGCAGAGAGUUGAAAAGGAGGAUGAGUGGGACCAUUUGGCAUGUACCUUGGCUUCUCGCCUUCGUAAGCUGCCAGUUGGCCGCCAGUGGCACUGUGUUCCUAUUCUGUUUGAAGUAGUUGAAAUUUUUAAUUCCCCUAAUCCGAUUCCAACUAACUUAGAAAUAAUAACAGAGCUAAAUAAGCUUAAACAAAGUAGAUGCCAGUCGAUUCACUCUGCACCCCAUGUAGCCCCACAAUCAAGUGCCACUCUUUCCUCCUCUGAGGAUCAACCUCACAUGUUGUCCCAGCCUUCUUCUCGCCCAGCCUCAAUAAGAGAAGAGAAAUUUAGGCAGAUGUUCUAG